GUAACCGGAGACUCGGCUCAGAUUGGCAACAUAACGGUGUGAGUGUGAGCAGAGAAACGGCAUGAGGGGAGGGGAGGACAACGUACACACAAGGAGGCGGUUAUUCAACUCGAGAGACGUUUAGAGAUGUUGCCGUUAGUGCUGAAGUCCUUUGUUCGGAUCGUUGUUGUUAAAUUCAGUACUUGGUAAGAUAUAAACCGUAGCGUAACGCUAACCAGUUUGAAGAAACGCCUCCCGCCGGCCGGUGCCAGGUUCAAAGGUCCAGGCUCGCCGUGGUCAGUUCACAAGUGCGGUUGUGGCACUUUCAUAGCGUUGGAGAGUUUGGCUAGAGUUGGGACGGUGGUUGCAGAACACAAAGGAUAUUUGAAUAUAUCGUGAACCCUUAAGAAUAACAUGGCAGCCACUUGGAUACAAAGAAUACCGUCUAGGAACGUCCGUCUUCUCACAGGUGGACGGAACGACACGGCGUUCCUUUGCGGCGGCGUACAGCAGCAGCAGCAGCAGCACCCCGCCGCACACCCGAGCACCCCGGCUGUUCAUUCAUCGUCCCCGCUGCACCGCUUCACUGCCCCGAGCAGAGCCCACUCUGGACUCAGUGCCUCGCGGCUUGGAUACGCCAAGGAGAAAAUGUCCGAGAACGGACCCUGGGGCAAGGUGUUGACAAUCGACACCAUGAAUCCCACGGUGAAGAAGGUGGAGUACGCCGUGCGGGGACCCAUCGUGCAGCGCGCCGUGCAGAUCGAGAAGGAGCUUCGGGAGGGAGUGAAGAAGCCUUUCGCUGAGGUCAUCAAGGCCAACAUCGGGGACGCACACGCCAUGGGUCAGCAGCCAAUCACCUUCUUCCGACAGGUGCUGGCCAUGUGCUCUUAUCCAGAGCUGUUGAACGACAGCUCCUUCCCAGAGGAUGCUAAACAUAGAGCCCGCCGCAUUCUGCAGUCCUGCGGAGGUAGCAGUCUUGGCGCCUACAGUGCCAGCCAGGGCAUCGACUGCGUGUUGCAGGACGUGGCCCGCUACAUCGAGCGGCGGGACGGCGGCAUCCCCUGCAACCCCGAGAACGUCUACCUCACCACGGGCGCCAGCGAUGGCAUCAUGACCAUGCUGAAGCUGCUGGUGUGCGGCGAGGACGAGGGGCGCACGGGCGUGAUGAUCUCCAUCCCCCAGUACCCGCUGUACUCGGCGGCGCUGGCCGAGCUGGGCGCCGUGCAGAUCAACUACUACCUCAACGAGGACAAGUGCUGGAGCAUGGACCUCAGCGAGCUGAAGCGCUCCCUGAAGGAGGCCCGCCGCCACUGCAACCCCCGCGCCCUCUGCAUCAUCAACCCCGGGAACCCCACCGGCCAGGUUCAGAGCAGAGAUUGCAUCGAGGAUGUGAUCCGCUUUGCUGCUAAAGAGCGCCUCCUACUGAUGGCAGAUGAGGUCUAUCAGGAUAACGUGUACGCAGAGGGCUGCGAGUUCCACUCCUUCAAGAAGGUUCUGUUCGAGAUGGGACCAGAGUACUCGGACAGUGUGGAACUGGUCUCUUUCCACUCUACCUCCAAGUGCUACAUGGGAGAAUGUGGCUUCCGUGGGGGCUACAUGGAGAUCAUCAACAUGGACCCAGAGGUGAAGGCCCAGCUCAACAAGCUGGUGUCGGUGCGUCUCUGCCCCCCCGUGCCCGGCCAGGCCCUCAUGGGGCUGGUGGUCAACCCCCCGCAGCCCGGGGAGCCCUCCUACAUCAACUUCAUCAAGGAGCGUUCUGCCACGCUGAGUGCCUUGGCAGAGAAGGCCCGACUGACGGAGGAGAUCCUGAACACGGUGCCUGGCAUCAGCUGUAACCCUGUGCAGGGAGCCAUGUACUCCUUCCCCAGCAUCAGCCUCUCAAAGGCAGCCAUCGAGGAGGCAGCGGAGAACGACCAGGCCCCGGACAUGUUCUACUGCAUGAGGCUGCUGGAGGAGACCGGCAUCUGCCUGGUCCCCGGGAGCGGCUUCGGCCAGAAGGACGGCACCUACCACUUCAGGAUGACCAUCUUGCCGCCGAUGGACAAGCUGAAGGUCCUGCUGACUAAAGUGAAGGAGUUCCACCAGAGGUUCACCAACCAGUACUCCUAAAGCUGCAGCCUCCUCCUCCUGCCAGGACAUCAGGGGGAGUGCUGGCGCACCGAUAAACACCACAAACUCAAUAAAUAAGUCGUUUAGAAAGUGCCUUCCCCUCUAAGUGGCUUUGGUGGUCUCCAUGAUGAUGUACUUUAGCCCCCACCUUCUGUGCGGUAGUUCGUUUGGAAAUGGUGCAAACGGAGAAGCGAACUCUGUCUCUCUCUAUCUCUGGUGUAUCAGCAGACACUACUGCUACAAAUUGGGUGAGAGACGGUUCAGGAGUAAACAAAGGACGGCAGAGUAGUGUCAUGACGCACACCAUCUUAACGUGUGCCAUUUGCUAUCUUUAAACAAUAUAUACACGUACAUACAUAGGCACAUGCAUACACACAUACAAACAUACGCUGGUCGGUGUCUUUCUUUUUAUAACAAGUUUACAAAAAAACUUGUCUUAUGGAUAAUGAAAUGAACCUGAAAUAUGAAAUGAAAAUGUAUGGAAUAUAUGCCAAAUAAUAGACGCAGGAAUGAGAGAUAUCAGUUGAAUCAAAUGAACAUAGACUAGUAAAAAAGAAUGUCAAAGACCCCUCCCUUUUCAUUCUGCCAAUCACUGCAUUUGGAUGAUUUUGCAGUUCUGAUUUUAACUUUUCUUUAAAACAAGUAGGUUUUUCGAAGGCGCACAAUGUUUUAAUAAUGUCAUGUGUAGAUUAAACUCUGAAAUGUUUCUGUUAUAUGACAACUAAUCAUUUGUAAAGUUUUGAUAUGGAUGAUGUCUUUAUUUCUCUGCCUUAAUUCUGAAUAAAUCCUAAUAGCCGCAA